AUGGCUGAUUCCCAGGUUACUCUGCGCACGCGCAAGUUCAUCCGCAACCCCCUCCUCGGCCGCCGCCAGAUGGUUGUCGACGUCCUCCACCCUAACCGCCCGAACGUCUCCAAGGACGAACUCCGUGGCAAGCUCGGUGAGCUCUACAAGGCCAAGAAGGAUGAUGUCUCCGUCUUCGGCUUCAAGACACACUUCGGUGGCGGCAAGAGCACCGGCUUUGCUCUCAUCUACGACAGCGCCGAAGCUAUGAAGAAGUUCGAGCCCCACUACAGGCUGGUGCGGUACGGCAUGGCCUCCAAGAUCGAGAAGGCCAGCAGGCAGCAGCGCAAGCAACGCAAGAACAGGUCGAAGGAGUUCCGGGGUACGGCCAAGACCAAGGGUGGCGACAAGAAGAAGAAAUAA